CAAGAUGGCGAUGCACAUGAGGAGGACGUUGGUGGCCGUUCAGCGGACAGCAUGCAGCACUUUGAAGAGCACUGAGACAUGUCUGGACAUUCGACAACCCAUCCCUUUGUACCUGCCCUUCCGGACCAAGAAGCGGUAUUUCAUCCCUCCGGCGGUGGGGAUGAAGGGGAAGAAGGCGGAGAACAUUGAAGGCCAUAACCGAGCAGCAGGCAUCGUUUUCAGACAGCAGUACUUAGAGAGGCCCAUCAACAUCUCCUGCACUGCGGGAAUCUUUGAUGCCUACAUCCCUCCGGAAGGAGAUGCCCGUCUUUCCUCUCUUUCCAAAGAAGGACUGAAACAACGAACAGAGCAGAUACGACAGAGCGCUUCCUCACAGCUAGCAAUUCGUAAGAUUAAAGAGCAUGACUCAGAGUUCACAACGAAGGAGUUUGCAGAUCGAGCUCAAGAACUCUUUAUUGAGGCUCACAACGCCUUGACACAGUUUAACAGAGAGAAGCUUCAUUCUUUGGUGACAGAAAGGUGUUACCCUGAAAUGACGAGGGGGAACCGCUACAAGACCAUCCGAUGGAGGUUUGUCGAGUCCCUGGAGCCUCCCAGGGUUGUCCAUGCACGCUGCCCCGAUAUGGUGACCAAAGGCAACCUGUACGGUCAGGUGACAAUCCGCAUGCACUCCAGACAGACUCUGGCCAUCUAUGACCGCUUCGGCAGGCUGAUGCUGGGCAGCGAGGACCAGCCGAAGGAUGUGUUGGAAUACAUUGUCAUAGAACGACACCUCGUCAACCCCUAUGGCCGAUGGAGGUUGCACGGAAAAAUAGUGCCAUCCUGGGCUCCUGCCAAAGAUCCAAUUAUUAAGACUGUUAGGAUUCCCGGUCCGGACCUGAAACCAGGAGAAGAAUUUGAUGCUCUUAACUAUGAAGUUCCCAAACCUAAAGCUGUACAGUGGCAUAAAUAAGCCAGCAGGAGGUGCCAUUCUCUUCAGCAGACCACAGCUGGACAUUUCCUGCAUUCAUAGUUGACAUACUGUGUAAAAUGUGGCUAAGUAGUUCACUUCCGCAGAAAAUGAGUCUGUCUCCUAUUGGAUGGAAAAGCAGUGGACGUGACAGGUGAGACUUAAUGAAUGACUGUCCUGAGGCGGGAAAACCUGCUGGAGUCUCUACACUGUAUAUGAAGUAGUACUAUAAUAAUAAUCUUUGUAUACAGACUGAACAAAUGAUCACACAAUGUGAAAUAAAGUUCUGUUCAUUACCUCAUAUCACUGGAUGAAUUAUUUUCUUAAUGUGAUUGUAAAAAUAAUGGAAAAAUGGAAAUAAUCAUACAAGUAUAAUUGUGUAAGUGUACAGAUGUCCACAAAAUGUAAGGUUUAUUUCUCUGAAUACACUGAAUGUUAACCUCAUAAAAUACAAAAAUAGUGUCCCAUCAGUCUCUUUUCACACA